ACGAGUGAACUGGAAUAGCCUUACAAGUCAAUUCUGCAAAGCCACACACCAGCACGCGCUUGCACCUGCUACCGGGAAUAUCGACAUCCUCGAGAAACUGAGAGCGCACUGAACGCCAUGGACUCUGACACGAGCCGAGUGUCCAGCAGACCUUCUUCUCCUGAAGGCGAUGAUCUUUUUCUGUCCGCCGUCAAGAAGUCCGUGGGUUUCUCCGGCGCCGUCUCCUCCACGCAGAGCGAUUCUCCACCGGAGUUAAGAGGUGCAGAUCUGCGGGGCAUCUCCAGCGCUGAGGAGGACUCAAUGGCUCUAAAGAUGCUCUCCAAAAAGGACCGUAAACUUCUCUCCGAGAAUGAGCUGCAGAGCAUGCGCCUAAAGAUCAACAGCCGCGAGAGGAAGCGCAUGCACGACCUUAACAUCGCCAUGGACGGGCUCCGGGAGGUCAUGCCCUACGCUCACGGGCCGUCUGUGCGCAAGCUCUCUAAAAUAGCCACUCUGCUGCUCGCGCGCAACUACAUCCUUAUGCUGAGCAACUCGCUGGAGGAGAUGAAGCGGCUCGUGAGCGAGAUCUACGGCGGAGGGAGCGGGGCCCAUCACGCCGGUUUCCAUCCGUCCAGUUGUGGCACUCUUACGCACGCGGCGGCGGCUCCGUUACCGGGUCACCCCGCUGCUGUCUCGCAUUCCUCUCACCCGGUGCACCAUCCUCUGCUUCCACCAGCAGUCUCCACCGCAGCAUCUCUUUCCGGGACGGGGCUUUCAGCCGUCAGGCCGCAUCACGGACUCCUCAAAGCCCCGUCAGCCGGCGCUGGGCCUCUGGGCGCGGGUUUCCAGCACUGGGGUGCGGGGAUCCCUUGUCCGUGUAGCAUGUGCCAGGUGCCUCCGUCUCACGUUCCCGGUAUGAGCGCCGUCAGCAUGCCACGGCUGACCAGUGACUCAAAAUAAAGUGAACUUUUGUAAAAGAACUUUGAGAAGCCACCACAGACUUUUAUAUAUAUAUAUAAAAAACUGUAAUAUCGUGUUUAUGGUUUAUGACUAAACAAUGUGUUGUGGGAAUCAAAUAGAGCUGAAGCAAAGAAGAAUGGAUCAAAGCCACUAACAUAGAGUUUUCUAACACUUUAGCAUUUCUGUGUAUAGAUUUAGUUGGAAAUGGCAAACCUUCCUUAGCCCUCGACUAUAGGACUGAAAGAACAAGUCUAAUGUGAAAUAGAAUUACAGCACAAAGUAAAAUAAAGCCGAUUCAUGCUUUAGUUAAAUAGGGCUAAGUAGUUUGAUGGGCCACUACUAUUAAUAAAAAUGUCCUUGAAAACAUAAUGGUUGUAAAUAUGUAGAUAGCGUUUGUACAGUUUGAGAGAUUUUAUAUUCCUUCCCCAGUUUAUGUUUGGGGCAAGAAUUCAUUUGCCAAGCGCUCUUUGUAAAGAAGCACCUGUUCAUUCCUGCACAAUAUAUUUCUACAUUUGCAUUUCUUCCCUUCUCCUUACUUCAUAAUUGAUAGUUAUUUCUUCUUUCUGCACAAGCUUAUCCGUCAUUACCGAUGCGAAGAAUGAUCAACUUUUAUUUUUUUAUAAUAAAGUGCAAAAUGCUAUUUAUUUACUUAUUUCGAUGGUAUUUUCAAAUUAAUGUGCGGUGAAUGUUUGAGUCCUAACUGUUAAAUAAAUGUUUU